UCGACGCUUUCCUCAGUCCUGGCAGGAUGCUGCCUUCCUCCCGGACCCAGCUGGGGCUCUUCUUCAUCCUCCUCUGCCCCGCUAACAUCAUCGGGCUCUGGUGGGCAGUGGGGAGCCCCCUGGUCAUGGACCCCAACAGCAUCUGCCGCAAGACGAAGCGGCUGGCGGGGAAGCAGGCAGAGCUGUGCCAGCUGGAGCCAGAGAUCGUGCAGGAGGUGGCCAAGGGCACCAAGCUGGGCGUCCGGGAGUGCCAGUACCAAUUCCGCUUCCGCCGCUGGAACUGCACCAGCCACAGCAAGUACUUCGGCAAGAUCCUGCAGCAGGAUAUCCGUGAGACAGCCUUCGUGUACGCCAUCACGGCGGCGGGAGUGAGCCACGCCAUCACGCAGGCCUGCAGCAUGGGCGAGCUGCUGCAGUGUGGCUGCGAGCUGACGCGGAGCCGGGCACCCCCCUCGCCCACGGCGGGGCCGGGCACAGAGGGCACCGCCUGGGAGUGGGGCGGCUGCGGGGAUGAUGUGCAGUUUGGCUACGAGAAAUCCCAGCAGUUCAUGGAUGCCAAGAACAAGAAAGGCAAAAAUGACAUCCGAGCUCUUAUCGACCUGCACAACAACGAAGCCGGGCGCUUGGCGGUGCGCAGCUACAUGAGGACAGAGUGCAAAUGCCACGGGCUCUCGGGCUCCUGCACGCUGCGGACCUGCUGGAGGAAGAUGCCCCAUUUCCGCGAGGUGGGCGAUCGCCUCCUCGAGCGCUUCAACGGGGCCUUCAAGGUGAUGGGAGGCAACGACGGCAAAACCCUCAUCCCUGUGGGCGACAACAUCAAGCCUCCCGAUAAACAGGACCUCAUCUACUCGGCCGACUCGCCUGAUUUCUGCUCGGCUAACCGUAAGACGGGCUCGCUGGGCACCAGGGGCCGCGUCUGCAACAGCACGGCCAUGGACACGAGCGGCUGCGACCUGCUGUGCUGCGGGAGAGGGCACCGGGACGAGACGGUGGUGCUGGAGGAGAACUGCCUCUGCCGCUUCCACUGGUGCUGCGUGGUGCAGUGCCGCAAGUGCUCCGUCCGCCAGGAGCUCAGCCUCUGCAUCUGACAGCCUGGGGUCAGGUGAGGACAAUUUGUGAGGCCACCUCCAGGCUCACAGGGCCCCCCGGGACAGAGACAGGUGGAUCCGGGGGCAGGGUCAGCGUGGGUGAGCUCAGCUCUGCACUCUGGAGAGUCCUGGCUUCCCCAGAGGGCAGCACGGGGCUGCCUGGCGCCCCCGUGGUCCCCGUGGCACAGAGCUUCCAUAAUAAAGCUAUUUAAAGCCAUAUGCCACAGAGCUUCCUGGGGAGGGCUGAGAAGCGCUGACCACUGUACUGGAGUGGAAUUAGCCUGAGAGCUGCCUUGCCCCAGCUGUGAGUCGCAGUCAGUCACACUCCUGCCAGCCCCUAGCCCUGCUAGGACCUGUGGCAGAGUCCAGCUCAUUUUUUAUCUACCCUCUGUUUUUCUCUGUGGUUGUCAAGCCUGGAGAUGUGUGUGGAUGAGGGUGAGUGCUCUCCUGCCCUGCACUGCUGCUUCCAGUGUGUGAGUGCUCUCCUCCCAUCACCCUCAGCUGUCAUUGCUUGGGGUGCCCGUUUGUGUCCUGCCACCAUCUGACCUGGGAUGUUUGCAGUCCGUGGUGCCUCCACUCGUGCCUCAUGCCUGAGGUACAUCUAACACAUCAGUGUUAGCUGCCCUAACACUGUGCUGUUGUGCUCGAAGGGACUCUGUAUUCUUUUCACUCCAGCCAUGUCACUGCAGUCCCCGCUGCAGAGCCUGGCACACAGAAGCCCUGGACAGCGCUGACACUGUUGGCUUGGUGGCAUGCAAGGCAUUCACUUGGCAUGCCAUGGGCCACGUGCAGCCCCACCUGGGUGGCAGGGGGCCAGGCAUGUGUGUCUUUAUAACCUGAUCAGCCUGUGCCCCUCAUGGACAAACACAGGGUGAGGAGCAGCCUGCCUGGCUGCCCAGCAAGGCAAGCUGCCAAGCCUCUGUUCCAGGGGCUCCAGGAAUCUCUGAGGGGGUCCCUCCCAUGCUGCAAGGAGCCCACAGGAACUGGUUUCUCCAGGGUUACCCAGCACAGGGGUUUAGGUAACUGCAGGGUGGAAUGUGUGUGUGCAGUGCCUGCUCACCUGGCAAUGCUCACUGGGCUGAGGACCCCCAGAGGGCUGUCAGCAGGGUGAGACCCUCGGCAGAGAGGCCCACGCUCCUGGGCCUGCCCUCCACACCGCAGCAGUGCUGCACACUGGGGGCUUUCCUGUAUGCCCCUCUUCAGGAGAGCUUUAAACUGAGGCGGCUGAAGUGGCAAUGCCCCAUGUGCUGGGUACUGCCAGGCAGGGUGAAAGCAGAGCUCACAGUGCUGGGCACACUGCAAGGCAGGGGAGGCUGCAUGGGGUGCUGGGGAUGCCCCCCAGUGUGCCUUCCUCGCCUGCCCCACCCCAGGCAGCCAGCAGGGAAGGGCAGCAGAAGCACGGUGCUGGUGAACCAUUAACUCAGCCCAGCAAUCAUUAGGGAGGAAGUCUCUAAAUCUGUUAGCUGCAGCUUUGCCGCUGGAAAUUCCCUUCUGACUUGGCCACAGUGGUGCUGGGAGAAGGGAAGCACACAGGGCUCCCAGGAACUCCUGUGGGAGAGCCCACCCACAGGAACACAUGGGUGGGUGUGAGCAGGGUAGGGUGGGUGCUGGUGAAGGUACCUGUGCAUGCAAGCAGCUUGGUGUGUGUGCAUGCACAGGUAGCAUGUUUAUGCUUGUUCAUAUGUGUGCAUGUGAGCUUGUAUAACCCAUCACUGUGUGUGUGAGCCCCUCGUGGGUGUGUAAAUAAGUUGGCCUGUGUAUUUUCCUGCAUCUCUAUGAAUACACAGCAAAUCACCAGUGUGUGUGACAGUGACACUGUCCCACAUGUGCCUGUGUGAGAGUAUGUUU